AGGCGCUGCACAGCUUCCUGCUCCCGCAGAGCAGAGUGGGGCAAGAAGGGCGAGUGCCAGGCUGGGCCACGAGACACAGCUUCUUGCCAGGGUCCUGGCAGCUUCCCCUUCCCCAGCCACUUCCGCGUGGCUGGGGCCCCAGAGGCAGGAGCCGCUGCCUUGUUGCCCAGGCCACCCUCCACCCCCAAGUUGGGAGCCCUGCCCCCCUGGGGCUGGGCCAAGCCCAGUGGCUGGCUGAGAGCUCAUGGGGGACUGAUAGGGCAAAGGUCUUGGGGGACAGACGUGGCUGGGCCAGAGCCCUGGGGCUCCGGCCAUGAAGUCUCGGCAGAAAGGAAAGAAGAAGGGCAGUUCGAAGGAGCGAGUGUUUGGGUGUGAUUUGCAGGAGCACCUGCAGCACUCAAGCCAGGAGGUGCCCCAGGUGCUGAGGAGCUGUGCAGAGUUUGUGGAGGAGUAUGGAGUGGUAGAUGGCAUCUACCGUCUCUCGGGGGUCUCCUCCAACAUCCAGAAGCUCCGGCAGGAGUUUGAGACCGAGCGGAAGCCAGACCUGCGGCGGGAUGUUUACCUCCAGGAUAUUCACUGCGUCUCCUCCCUGUGCAAGGCCUAUUUCAGAGAGCUUCCAGAUCCCCUGCUCACCUAUCGGCUCUAUGACAAGUUUGCUGAGGCGGUGGCGGUGCAACUGGAGCCCGAGCGCUUGGUCAAGAUCCUAGAGGUGCUGCGAGAACUGCCCAUCCCAAACUACAGGACGCUGGAGUUCCUCAUGCGGCACUUGGUGCACAUGGCCUCGUUCAGCGCCCAGACCAACAUGCACGCCCGCAACUUGGCCAUCGUGUGGGCCCCCAACCUGCUGAGGUCCAAAGACAUAGAGGCCUCAGGCUUCAACGGGACUGCAGCCUUCAUGGAGGUGCGUGUGCAGUCCAUCGUCGUGGAGUUCAUCCUCACCCACGUGGACCAGCUCUUUGGGGGUGCCUCCCUCUCUGGUCAGUGUCCUUCCUGCGCACUACAUCGCUGCUCUCUGGCUGGGGAGGCGUGCCGGAACUACAGAGGUCCUCCAAGAUCAACUAGUUCAGGUGACGAGGUGAACAGUGGCUGGAGAUCACUUCCAGGUGCCCGAGUGUCGAGUAACCCUGAGGACCUCAUGCCCAGGUCCCUGCCCUACCACCUGCCUAGCAUCCUGCAGGCUGGGGAUGGACCCCCACAGAUGCGGCCCUACCACACUAUCAUUGAGAUUGCGGAGCACAAGAGGAAAGGGUCUUUGAAGGUCAGAAAGUGGAGGUCUAUCUUUAAUCUUGGUCGCUCGGGCCAUGAGACAAAGCGUAAAUUUCCACGGGGUGCUGAGGACAGGGAGGACAAGUCCAGUAAGGGGACCCUGAGGCCAGCCAAGAGCAUGGACUCACUGAGUGCUGCAGCUGGGACCAGCGAUGAGCCAGAGGGGCUGGUGGGAUCCAGCAGUUCCCAGCCAAGCUCACUGCUACCUGAAAACCUGGAGAAUGAUUCCAUGGAGAUAGCAGAGGGUGACCAGGAGACAGAAGCAGAGGCACCGGGUGGCACCAACUCUGAGCCAGGCACACCGCGAGCUGGGCGGUCAGCCAUCCGGGCUGUGGGCGGUAGCCGUGCCGAACGUUGUGCUGGUGUUCACAUCUCAGACCCCUACAAUGUCAACCUCCCGCUGCACAUCACCUCUAUUCUCAGUGUGCCCCCCAACAUCAUCUCCAACGUCUCCUUGACCAGGCUCACCCGUGGCCUUGAGUGUCCGGCCCUGCAACCUCGGCCAAACCCUGCCUCUGGCCCAGGCCCUGGCCCUGGGCCCCCAGAUAAGAAGUUGGAGUCACGUCCGGUCCCAGGUCCCCUGGCUGACUCAGUCCCAGUGGACGAGGCUCCUGUUCUGGAGGACUCCCUGUCCCAGGAGGUGCAGGAUUCCUUCUCCUUCCUAGAGGACUCAAGCAGCUCAGAGCCCGAGUGGGUGGGGGUGGAAGAUGGGGAGGUGGCCAAGGCAGGAGCAGCAGGAGCUGCCUUCUCCCCUGGGGAGGACGACUCCGGGAUGGGCUACCUGGAGGAGCUCCUGGGAGUUGGGCCUCAGGUGGAAGAGUUCUCUGUGGAGCCACCCUUGGAUGACCUGUCUCUGGAUGAAGCGCAGUAUGUUCUGGCUCCCAGCUGCUGUUCCUUGGACUCUGUGGGCCCUGGGCCUGAAGUAGAGGAAGAAAAUGGGGAGGAAGUUUUCUUGAGUGCCUAUGAUGAUCUAAGUCCCCUGUUGGGGCCUAAUCCCCGCUCCUGGGAGAGCACAGAGAACCUGCAGGACGAGGCAGCAGGGUGUGGAAGACAGACUCCAGGACUGACUGAGGAAGAGCAGGCACCUUUGGAAGUUGAGGAAGACAAGGAAGCUGAGCCUGGAAGCAAAUGGGACAUCAGGAAAGAGGCUGAAGGGAGUCCAGGGGCUGGGACGGAAGUUGGAAAGGCCGGUGAGGAAGGAAAGGAGGCUGCGGAAAGCCGAGAGGGGAUGGUCAGGCUGGAAGAAGGGAGUGGGGAAGAGGCAGAGGCCAAAGGACAUCAGGAGGCUGAAAGCGUGGAGGAGACUAAGAGUACAGAGGAACCAGGAGAACAGGAUAUAGACAAGGAGCAGGACAAAGAGGUUGAGAGAGAAGAGGCUGAGGGAGGAGAGGCGGCUCAGGUAGACACUGGAAGGUAUCCAGAGAACGGGGCCCAGGAACACCUGGCUGCUGAGGAGAACUGGGAAGUUGUACACAAACAAGAGGUCAAUGGAGGCACAGAGGAUGAGGUCAAAGGACAGAAGGGGAAUGGAAACCAUGAGACAAGAGAAGACCAAGGAGAUGGCGAAGAUGGCAGAAAUUCAGCAACGGCAGCCAAAGGAGGAGAAAGGGAGCUUAGCAAGGAACGGGAGAGUGGGCGUGGAGUGGCUGAGGGAGCUCAGAGCGCGGGAGGGGACCGUGUAGAAGAGGGGGCCCUCUCUGGGGGGUCGGGCAUGAAGUUCUUGCAGGCUGAUGCUGCCAAAGAGGGCAAUGCUCAGUCUUCUGAUACGGAACAGGUAGCCCCCCAGCCACCCCAGCCAGAGGAGCUGGAGCCUGAUGGUCAGCCCAGCUCUGAGGGUGAUGCUCUGUGCGCCUGCUCCCUUGGUUCAGCAGGCGGUGUGGGCAUGCGCCUGGCUUCCACCCUGCUUCAGGUCCAACAGGUCCACUCUGUGCCCGUGGUGCCCCCCAAGCCACAGUUUGCCAAGAUGCCCAGUGCAAUGUGCAGCAAGAUCCAUGUAGCCCCUGCAAACCCAUGCCCAAGGCCUGGCCGCCUUGAUGGGACUCCUGGGGAAAGGGCUUGGGGGUCCCGAGCGUCCCGAUCCUCUUGGAGGAAUGGGGGCAGUCUUUCCUUCGACGCUGCUGUGGCCAUGGCCCGGGACCGCCAGAGGACUGAGGCUCAGGCAGUCCGGCGGACCCAGACAUGUACUGGGGGUGGGGACUACAGCCUCAUUCCCAGAACCUCCCUCUGUAGCACGAUCCCUGCCCAUCCUUCUCGGCCCCUUAGCUGCUUGGAACACCCACCUGAAGGCACAGAAGGGCCUGGAUCCCGGAGUCGGCUUAGUCUGCCCCUCAAAGAUCCCCAGCCCCCCGAUCUCCUUAUGUGCCCCCAGCGCCGGUCAUAUGCAUUUGAAACACAGGCUAACCACGAGAAAGGUGAGAGACUGUGAUUAGGACCAGAACAUUGGGCCAAAGGGACCAGGAAAUUGUCUGGAAUCUUUGGGGUCCCUGGCUAGCUGUCUCUUCUGUAGCCUGAGCAGCUGUAGUGCCCCACUCUAUGGAACUUUGGUCCUCCAGCUUCUGUUUCUGACUGUGGGAGGCACUUUCUCAGCUGGUAUACCUGAGCUCGUCUCAGACUUAGAGCACUUACUUAUCUCUCAGGAGAUUUUCCAAAAAAGUCACCAAGAUCCUGUUCCCAGGGAGUAGCGUCAUUGGCCAAGGGGAACAUAACGUUAGGCAGAAAAUUUAAGAAGUUUCUCAAAGCGAAGAAUGGAGGGGGAAUUCCAGACAAGUUCCUGCUCUCCUCGGAGGCUUCUUUAUAGAAGCCCAAGACAGAGGUGAGGACUGGGUCAGCUCAGAGCUUCUCCCUCCGCCCCCCCCUUUCUCACACACACACACACACACACACACACUAGUUGUCCAUCCCUACAUCCUUGGAUACUUCCCGAUCCUCUUAGCUCCAUAUUAGCAGUAUGUCCAGGAAGUUCUUUGAAGUCCUCAGUGUUUGAAAGAUGGCCUGGACCCCUCCCUUCCCCUCCAUCUGCCUCUCCGUAUAUUACAGGAGAAAGGUCUUGUGCACAUCUCUCUGGCCGUUCCUUUUUCCUUUGGAAUAAUGCCCUCCUGUUUCAGAAAAUGGGGAUGGCCUCACUCAGGUUCUUGGGACUGCUUCUCCAGACAGGUGGAGGGCACAGGUCUCACUCUAGAAGGGGUUGGUAUUGCAGAAUAAAAGUUGUAUUUUUACACAUAAA